AUGUCAACUGUUAGAUCGCAGCUUCAAAUUCCUAUAGGGUUUCGAUUUCUUCCCACCAAAGAAGAAAUCCUUUGUGAUUACCUUAAACCAAUCAUCAAGGCCGAUCCCAUACCUUCUGGUGUGAUGAUGUUUUAUGGUGCAAAUCGCGAGCCUUGGAAUAUUUUCGACCAAGAUUCGGCAGAGUCUUUCUGGGUUAUCACGAAGUUGAAGAAAAGGAGCAAAUCAAGAAUCGAAAGAACCGCGGGAGAUGGAUGUUGGCUCCAACAAUAUGUCAAAGAAGUGAAGCACAAGGAUGGCGGCGAAGUCAUAGGGUUUGAUAAAUACUUCACAUUGAUCACCAGCAAGAAAAGCAAGAAAUCAAAUGGUCAAUGGGUUAUGCACGACGAGUACUCUCUGAAAGACCAAGAAGCUGCUAGCGCUGGUUUGAGUGAUUCCGUUAUCUGUGAGAUUAAGAAUAAGGAUGCUGCUGUUGUGAGCUCGGAUUACGAAGAAAGUGAAGGAGAAAUCAAGAAGAACAAGAAACGUAAGUUGAUGGAGGUGCCAUCGGAUUCAACAAAUGAUGUUGCUAUCGUGCCCGAGGAGAAUCAGACAUUUGAUUAUAUGGCUGCAGAAGUAGGAGGCUUCUCACCGUCACCUCCCUUCUCUGCAUGUUUAAACCAGCAACCAAACCCUUGGACUUGGCAGGUGUUGAAGGCAAUCUUGGAGUGCCUGAUUAUAAUUCUCACCAUCUGCUACCUGCCUAACCCUUGCACUAUUUUUACAUGUCUAUGA